AUGCGUAAGGUGCUCAUCCCGAUUGACUGGAGCGAAAACGCGGAGAAAGCCUUUGAUUGGUAUAUCUACAAUCUCCAUCAGAAAGGCACGCAACUGGUUCUAACGCAUUUUAUUGAGGCCAGUAAGGAGAAAGAGUUGUUGGAGAAGGAAGUGAAGUUACUGGAGCUACAAGAAAUGUAUGAAAACAGACUGGUGCAGAUGAAGAUAGACUACAUAUGGCUAACGGGCAACUCGGGCUCUCCUGGCGAAUACAUAACCAAAGUCUCGAAAGAUGAGGAUGUAGAUAUGAUCGUAAUGGGGGCUAGAGGUCUUGGAAAAAUUAAGAAAACCAUUCUUGGUAGUGUCAGUGACUAUGUCCUCAGUAAAUCCAAAGUGCCCGUUUUGCUCUUUAAAAGCGUUUAA